UUAUUUUCACACACUAUGUGUGGGAUCUAGAGGAAAUCAAGGCGUAAACUUGUCAGGUUAAGAUGUCAAACAACAAAGUCAUGUAAAAUUAUACUCAAUUAACGUAUCUUCUCCGGAAAUUGAUUGAAACAAAUAACUAUAAAAACCCGUCUGUAAAGCUAUUCCGUACAGAGUUCCAUUUCUCCGGCUAGAGUAACUCAGUCUACCACCUCAUUAAAGAUGGCAUCUUUCCUUUACGCUGUAUCUGCCGCUUUGGCCGUCGCUAUGGUCAGUGCUAGAGCUUAUGGCCCAGGUGGUAAUGGUAACAGAAUGCCCUCUGGAAUGGGAGGUGGUAUGAUGUCAAUGGGAGCCAUGGGUAUGAUGCCAAAGAACGGUGCACCCAUGAUGCCAAUGAACGCUGCACCCAUGAUGCCAAUGAACUCUGCACCCAUGAUGCCAAUGAACUCUGCACCCAUGAUGCCAAUGAACGCUGCACCCAUGAUGCCAAUGAAUGCUGCACCCAUGAUGCCAAUGAACUCUGCACCCAUGAUGCCAAUGAACGCUGCACCCAUGAUGAACGCUGCACCCAUGAUGCCAAUGAACGGUGCCAUGAAUGCAAUUGGUAAAAUGAUGAAAGCCGCUGCCAUGGGUGGAAUGCCCUCAAUGGGAGGCAUGAUGUCAAUGCCAAUGAAUGGAAUGAUGGGAGCUGGUAACAUGGGCGCUAUGGGCAGCAUGGGAUCCGCAGGAAGCAUGGCAGGUAUGGGAAUGAAAUCUGGAUACUCUGCGUAACUGACUAACCAUCUCUCAGGACUAUUCAUGUGUAUUUUAUAAUAUAGAAUUGCAAUAAAGAGCUGUAUUUUCCUUGAA